AUGGAACGGCAGUCUUUGGUCUGGAUCUAUAAUAUCACUACAGAAGGACAGAACACUUCGUUCAAAAACAGCGCCGCGGAUUUAAGUGAAAACUCUGAAAAAUACCAGUUUUACAGCAUCGGCCUCUUCUUGUCCUGCUUGUACACUAUCCUCCUGUUUCCCAUUGGAUUUAUAGGCAACAUCCUAAUCCUGGUGGUGAACCUGAACCACAGAGACAAGAUGACCAUCCCUGACCUCUACUUUGUUAAUUUGGCCGUUGCGGAUCUCAUCCUGGUGGCCGAUUCCCUCAUUGAGGUUUUCAACCUCAACGAGAAGUAUUACGACUACGCCAUCCUCUGCACCUUCAUGUCCCUUUUCCUGCAGAUCAACAUGUACAGCAGCAUCUUCUUCCUCACGUGGAUGAGCUUUGACAGAUACAUUGCGUUAGCCAACUCCAUGAGCAGCAGCUCACUGAGGACGAUGCAGCACGCCAAGCUCAGCUGUGGCCUGAUCUGGAUGGCGUCCAUCCUGGCCACCCUUUUCCCCUUCACCAUUGUGCAGAGCCAGCACAGGGGGGAGGUGCACUUCUGCUUUGCAAACGUCUUUGAGAUCCAGUGGCUGGAGGUGACCAUUGGGUUUUUGGUGCCCUUCUCCAUCAUCGGUCUAUGUUACUCACUGAUUGGACGAAUCCUCAUGAGGGCCCAGAAGCAUCGUGGAUUGUGGCCACGGCGGCAGAAAGCCCUGCGCAUGAUCGUGGUGGUGGUUUUGGUGUUCUUCAUCUGUUGGCUGCCAGAGAACGUCUUCAUCAGCAUCCAGCUGCUGCAGGGCACGGCUAACCCGUCGCGGAGGGCUGCGUCCGCCUUGUGGCACGACUAUCCACUCACAGGCCACAUUGUUAACCUGGCAGCGUUUUCCAACAGCUGCCUUAACCCCAUUAUCUACAGCUUUCUGGGGGAAACCUUCAGGGACAAGCUGAGACUCUUCGUGAAGCAAAAAGCCAGCUCGUCUGUGGUGACCCGCUUCUGUCACCACGGCCUUGAUUUACAUCUGUCUGUCACGGGUAAAGUGUCAGAGGUCUGA